AUCAUAGGAGGCAGCAGACAGAACGCUUCUUGCACACCCAUGGAAAGGACAACGGUUUGCGAAAUUACCGACACCUAGGAGUCAUCUCCUUAUUCAUUCGGCUAUGAUCUGGCGGGAUUUUACAACUUUAACCUGCAGAUAUCCUACCCUGGAAUGAUUUCUGUAAUAUAAAUCCAUUAAAUGAAUUUUAAUUGCGUUGUGAAAUGAAAAGUGGUGGCCGACAACAAUGGCAGACGCUGUGGAUACAUUUUGUUCUUUCGUGGAAUGUCAUAUAUGGGCAAAUUCGCUACACAAUUCCCGAAGAACAAAGCAAAGGCUCUUUUGUUGGGGAUAUAGCGAAGGACCUGGGACUUCAAUUAGCAGAAAUUUCUCGUCGUAAUUUACGGAUUGCAUCUGAAUUUGGUAAGCAGCAUUUUAGUGUUGAUAUGAAGAAAGGCAAUUUGGUAAUCGGUGAAAGAAUUGACCGAGAAAUUGUAUGCGCACAGAGCUCAAAUUGUGCAAUUCCGUUGGAAAUCAUUAUUGAAAAUCCUUUACGGCUCUACCGAGUUGAUGUGGAAAUACAAGAUGUUAAUGAUAAUUCUCCGAAUUUUCUUUCCGCUGAACGUAUUCUGAAAAUCUCAGAGUCCAUUGCGCAGGGUGCACGAUUUCCCCUGGAUAGUGCUCGUGAUCCUGAUGUUGGCUCUAACACACUGCAGUCCUAUUUUAUUAAUCCUAAUGAUUUUUUUGUUUUAAACACUAAGACGCGUGAUGAUGGCAUCAAAGUCCCGGAAUUAAUUCUGGAAAAGGCGCUUGACAGAGAAACUGUGCCAGUUCAUACACUCGUACUCACAGCGGUGGACGGGGGAACACCACCCAAAUCAGGUACUAUAAAAAUAACCGUUGUGGUAGUAGAUAACAACGACAACCCUCCACAGUUUGAAAAGUCUCUUUAUAAAAUAUUUCUAAAAGAAAAUUUACCAAAAGGGACUGUAGCUGGGAAGGUGAAAGCUACUGAUUUAGAUGAAGGUCUUAACGGAGAGGUGGUGUACUCCUUUGGUGUCCACACACCUGAAGCAGUCCGCAAAUUGUUCAAUGUAACUGAAAUGGAAGGAGAGAUCAUAACGCAAGAGAAGCUGGAUUACGAAGAGGCCAGUUCUUACAAAUUUGAAAUACGGGCUAGAGAUAAAGGAAACCCCGAAAUGGAAGGAUUCUGCAGCAUUCAGAUAGAAAUAGUUGACGUCAACGAUAAUGCUCCAGAAAUUAUUUUAACGUCCGAACCGUCUCCGCUUUUAGAAAACGCCCCUACUGGAACAGUAAUUGCGUUAAUACGAGCCAGAGAUCUAGACUCUGGGAACAACGGUAAAGUCAUUUUAGAGCUGCGUCCCGAUCGGCCCUUUAAGCUGCAGCCUUCAUUUGCAAAUCAUUACGCAUUAGUAACCGACGGCUCACUGGACCGAGAAGCCUACCCCGAGUACAAGGUGGACAUCAUAGCAAAGGAUUCAGGUAGUCCAGUACUCAGCACUAAGAAGACAUUGACAGUCACCGUGUUAGAUGUCAAUGAUAAUCCUCCCAGUUUCUCACAGCCGUCCUAUUCUGUCUACACAAAAGAAAACAACGCGCCGGGAAGCGUGCUGUGUGCCGUCACCGCAUCUGAUCCCGACUUGGGGACCAACUCCCAGCUGUCCUACUCCAUUGUGGACACCACCGCUCAGGGCACCUCUCUGUCGUCAUUCGUGUAUAUUAAUUCAGAAAACGGCACUCUUUAUACUCUGAAUUCGUUCGACUAUGAGCAAGUGAAAAAUGUUCAGAUCCAAGUGCAGGUGACGGACAAUGGCUCUCCUCCACUUCGCAGCAAUACCACUGUGCGUGUUUUUAUUUUAGAUGAAAAUGACAAUGCGCCAGCUGUUCUUUAUCCUCUGACAGAGAUGGGGACUCCUCCACUUCAAAGAAUCCCACGAUCUGUAAAAGCAGGACAUCUUGUCACUAAGGUGACCGCGGUGGAUGCUGAUGCUGGUCACAACGCUUGGAUUUCUUAUCGCUUAAUCCAAAUGCCAGAUAACCCUUUAUACACCAUAUCACAAUACACGGGGGAGAUUCGAACGAGACGUGGUGUACUUGAUCAAGAUGGGGCAGUCCAGGGGCUGACUAUAGAGAUUAAGGACAACGGAGAGCCUGCGCUCUCAAGCACGGUGUCAGUGGAGAUCGUGCUUGAAGACGGCUCAAUUGAACCCAUGCUAGACGUCCGAGACAAGGCACACAAAGUAGGUUACGCCAAUAAGGACAUCACCCUUUACUUGAUUAUAUCACUCGCCGCAGUCUCUGUCCUUUCUUUCCUGACAUUUAUAUUUCUAGUAGUGAAGUGUGCCAGAAAUAGUAGAGCAAAUUUAUUUUCCAACGGAAGGAGCAGAUCAGACUGGGAGAAAAACUCACAGAGAAACCUUCAUAUUCAGCUGAAUUCUGACGGACCAAUAAAGUACGUGGAAGUGGUGAGGGGUGACAUGUUGUCACAGAGCCAGUCUUACAGGUCCUGCUUUUCGCAAAUGACAGACGCCAGCAAUUUCACCAUCUCAAAGUCUAUGACUGCUUCAGAUUUGAUGGAGAUUGCGAGUCCCGUUAACACAUCUACACCAGGACAGGACUUUGUGAACGGAGAGUACCAGCAAAAACCUGCAAAUGCUGAAUGGCGUUUUACACAGGGACAGAGACCGGGAACGAGCGGCACUCAGCGCCCUGAAGAAGCCGGUCCAUGGCCCAAUCCUCCCACUGAAGCGGAGCAGCUCCAAGCCCUGAUGGCCGCCGCUAAUGAGGUGAGUGAAGCGACUGGAACUCUCGGAGCUGGCACUAUGGGUCUGAGCACCAGAUACAGCCCGCAGUUCACCUUGCAGCACGUCCCGGAUUACCGGCAGAACGUCUACAUCCCCGGGAGCACCACUACACUGGCGGGCAACAACGCUCAGCCAGAAGCCAAGAUCAUGGUCGCCGCCGCCGCCGCCGCGGCACCCACCGCCAACAAGAAGAAACCAGGGAAGAAAGAGAAGAAGUAAUGGAUCCCUCAGUUAGAGAAAAUCUCUUCCAGUUCAGCAUUUAUUCCUUUUUUUCGUUUGUUUUUUUAACCUGAUUGUAAUGACUUAUAGUGACUUUGAGUAAACCGUAGAUGUGUUCAUCCCUGUUUUUAUUUGUCGGACUUUCCAUCGUGUAAGUAAAUUGUUAUUGAAAUAUAACAUGAAGUUCUUAGUAGAGGUAUUAUUCCUUAACAUGAAUUAACAAGUUAAGAAUGUCUUUUUUUAAUGAUUCUUUCAUUCGAUAAAUCCUACUGGGUUUUGAAGGUUAAUUGUAAAAUACAAAUGGGAAUUUAAGGGCUUUGCCCUGAUAUAUAGCAUUAGCCUAAAUAUUAAUCAUUUAUUAACACCAUAUGUGGAUUUUAUUUUGGAGGGUUACUGGAGCAUAAGACACAUACGUUAGCUUUUUAACGUGGCCGCUUUUUCUUUUCUUUCCCACGAAAGAAAACUUUGUAAUUCUAACAUGCUUUCUUGGGAGAUAUUUGGAUAGGGAUAUCUUGCUCCCAGCUUAGUUAUAUUUAAAAUUAUAUUUGCAUGAAAUUUUGUUACCUUGAAAAAAAAAAAAAAAAAAGAAAAAAAUGCUUAAUGAAUAAACUAUGCAUUAAUUAAACUGUACAGUGUUAAAAUGGAUAAGUAAUGGACAAUGAUACUGAUAGGCAAAAAAAGAAAAAUUGUAUUAAGCAGAAGUAAGUAUAAUCAAACCAAAUCUAAUUUCAGAAAUAGGAACAGACUAGAAGGAAAGCGGAGUUCACUUCUGUUUUGAUUUUAACGUCUGUGUGCCAUCUAAUCAGAGCUUUUGCAUUCCUUGGUGCUCUCAUACCUGAUUGUGUUACACACCACUGCUACACCACGCAUACGUCUGCCAUUGCAGUCCAAGACCCAUUCACUUGGUGCAGAGAAAGUGUCAUCAAGGAAUGAAGAGUGCUGCAUUUCCCCAUUCCUCCGUCAUAUGCAUGUCUCGCACAUAUUGUUCAGAUGCGCUGUUAAACUGUUUCGCUUCACUUAGCUACACGAUGCAUGUUAGCACUAUCUAGCAUGAGGCGGAAACUUACAUAUUUAUUCUGAAAGCCUUAGGCUGGUUUUUCGGUAGGUGGUGUUCGGUGACAGGAGGGUUUUUAAAGCAAACGAAUCCAUUGAGGCAGGCAAUUUUUUUUUUUGGUCAUUACACAUCAGUUACUUGACAUUUCAAACUAAAACCUUCUUAGUGUAGGAACGGCACACCCAAAAACAAACAAAAAACAAAUUGCUGUAAAAACUUGUGCCCUGGUAACAUCGAGAAAGUAGACAUCGUUGAGAUUUUUAAAUACUGAACGGCUCAUUUUAUUGAAGGUUUGAAAUGUGAAAUUGGGACUGCCGAUAGAUUAUGUGAAGGAUUAUGAGGGUGUUUGGAAGUGCUGUCUAUCUUUAAUGGAGAGGCUUGGUGCAUGAUGCCAAGUUUACAAGGCAGACGAGCUUUGUUGUUUUUUUGUUUUUUCGUUUUUUUAUCUCACACGUGUCUGUGGCAUUUCAUACAAUCAUUUUGCAGUCUUGAACUAUGUGGUGUUUGUUUUCGGAAUCAGUGCCUUGAUUGCAUUCACAGAAUAUACAGUAUACUAGUGAAGGGUGAUGAGACCAUGCUUCUGUAAUACAAAAUGAAGGGUUAUAAUUUGACUGGUUAACCCUCACCCAGACCUAACCACAACCAAUGGCAGCCUGUUUGGGGUAAACUCAAAGCUGUGUAUUAUGUUUGAUAUCUGUAAAACAUAGAAACAGGUGGGUUUUUAUCAGGAACGAGGGUUUCUUCUAACAUCCCAAAGACAUGCAUGUUAGGUUAAUUAGUAACUCUAAAAUGGCCCCAUGCAAGUAAGUGUGAGUGUGUCCUCAUGAUGAUGUGGGGCUGAGAUGCUGCCAGAAUUGGACUGGAUUAAGCAGAUUUUGAAAAUGAAUGUAUAGCAAGGUGGUUUCCAUCCAUCCAUCUAUCCAGGGUCCAGGUCGUGGGGUGGGGGGGACGGGCAGUCUAAGCGGCCCCUUUUUUCCUGCCGGCGAGCUGUGUGAUUUAAUCUCUCCAACAUGACCUGGGUAUGUCCUGAGGUUUCCUACUGGUUGGCCAUGCCCAAAACACCUCCACAGGGAGGUUUCAAGGAGGCAUCUUAAUCAGAGGGCCGAAACACCUCUGCACAUUGAGCUCCUCUCGAAUGUCUGCACUCCUCACCUUGUGUUUAAGGCUGAGCCAAGACGCAAUGUGAAAGGAAGCUCAUUUCCACUGUUAGUUCUUUCAGUCACUACCCAAAGCUUGAGGCCAUAGGUGAAGAUAGGGAUGAAGACCAAGCACAUAAAUGAGAGCUUUGCCGUUCAUCUCAGCUCUUUCUUCACCACAACUGACCAGUAGAACAUCUGUGUAAUUGCGGACGUCACUCCAUUCCACCUUUCGGUCUCUUUGUCCCUUCUUCCUCCACUCGUGAGCAAGACCUAAGUGGUAUAAUUUUCUUCUUCUAGUUACUAACAUGUAGACAAUGAUUCCUAAAACCAUUACAGUACAGCAAAAUUGCAAGUGUUAAAUACAUUUUUCCAUUGUUAACGAAAAAUAGAAAUGUGUAUUGUAUAUAUACAUAUGGAAAGAGUGUUUCCAUACAUACACCCUAAGUGUGAAUUUAAUAUUGGCAAUUUUGCUGUGAUUGUCCGCUUGGAGGCUGUUGUUACAGCAGGAUUUUGGGACGUUCGAUUGCAGCAAUGCUUGAGGGUAUUGGUAAUGAUGAUGUCGCUUAAAACGAAGCACACACACUUACAGUCGAGGCAGUUCCUGAAUUCCAAAUCUCACGUUAGCUGCAGGUCUCUCUGAAUUUUUGUAUUCACUCAGACUCAGGGCCAGCCAAGCUGUAUAUGCAUAAUGAAAUGAUGUCUAAAUGCGUGCAGGUUUCAGAGCCCAGACGCUCAACUUAAAUAUUGUGGGGAAGAUGUGUGUGUGUGGGGGGUUACUAUUUUAUUUAUUUUUUGUAUUUUCUAUGCUGUUGAAGUACACAGCACACUGAUUUACCACAUGUUUCCAAAACCACUGAAGUCACAAGCAACUGGUGGAUAGUAUACGUCUCAUGAGAUCAAUGAAGUGCAGAUUUACAAGACUCACUACUAUAAUGGAGUUAUUUAUGUGAAGAUACUUUACAUACAUUGUUUCUAAAAUUGCAGGAAGAAAACAAUGCCUGAAAGUAUCACUGAGGCUACAAAAUGUCUUCUUUAGCUCCUCUCACAGGUUUCCUCCUGGGUGAAGGAGUCCUUAAAGUUAAUGCAAAACUCUGAAUUUUAGUGGUGCCACAGCUUAAACACCCCUCACUAAGGACAGGAGAUUUACAGAAAGAAAAAUAUUAAUGUGUACAAAUUGAGGCCAUGUUUUUGUGUAAUGAUAACAACACCCACACACCUAGCAGUAAUGCUCACCUCCCACACUACAGACGCUCAUUACUUGGCUGCUAAGGCCUCUACGUGUCUGGUCAACAGUGGGCUGAAAGUGAGAGGGUGGUUGGAGAAUAACGAAGGGCAAAUCUACUGUAGAUUUCAAUUCUAUUAACAAGACUAAAGGUCUCAAAGUCAAUUUGUAUAUUAUCAUAUUAUCACUGUAGUGACGACCAUUACUAACAAUGGUUCCGCAAAAUGACUCAGAUUAUUUCCAAACUGAGUCCAGAGUGAGUCUUGAAAAUGAGCUCUUCAAAUAUUCCAUCAUUGUGAUUCACAAAUUCUUUCAAUCUGAAUGCACAGGCUUAUGGAAAAAAGCCAGGGAAAUAGAAAGGCAGCCUGUGUUUAAAGUUUUUAAGGGAAAAUACCUUCACAAGUUCUUUUUUAUCUCUUUUGUUUCUUUUUUUAGCCUGUUGGUAAUUUAUAUUUUCAAUUCUUAUUGCUGCUCCUGAUAAACAUUCCCAAUCUGUGUCCCUUACUAUUUAUGUAAGACCAAACCUGUUCAAGGACCAGCUGUCUGUAGAGACCUCUAGAAAAAGAAAAAAAAAAGCCCCCCCUGAUGCGGCUACUGCUACUACUGGAAUGUUUUGCAUAUAAAUAUAUAUAUAUAUAUAUAUAAAUAUAUAAUUUUUUUGUUUCUUUUUAUAUGUAAAUCUCAUCCUAACCAAUGUAAGUCAUGUAGCAUUUAAAAGUACUAAUCAAAACUAUUUUUUACAAAUCACCACUCCUUUCCAUAGACUAGGAAUUAAUUUGUGAAAAGUGACGUGCAAAGAGUAGCGUUUUUUUGUUUUUUGUUUAUUUUUCUAAUUUAAUCCGCCACUGCUUAAAAAAAAACAAUAAAAAAAUUAGGGAAAAAAAAGAAAAACAAACAAAAACAAAAAAAAAAGCAGCUUUUUUGUGUUUUUCUGUCUGUACCUUUUUAUGUGUUUGUGGGGUUUAUACUUCUUUGUGCUGCUGGAAUGCUCUCCUAUAAAUACAAUAUAUAUAUACGCGUCUGCUGAUGAAUUCUGUAUUUGGCUAAAUAUUUCUUAUAAAUGCAUAGGUCAGUGCUUCUUUGUGUCACAUCCAUAUUUUAUAUGCUAAUAUUUAUAUUGCUGUUUUAUUUUCUCUUUGAACACGGACAUUUCAAAUAAAAGGUUCUUCUGAAA